AUGUCUACACCGCCUAACAACGGAACGGCUUCCAAGUCUAGCGAUCCCCUCAAGCGGGUGGACCUUGACGGACACGAUCUGCCUCCUUCUCCCGCGCCGUCUAGCCCUCGCAACGGUCGUCGUCGCUAUGCUCUCGCCACGGAGCUGGUCUACACUGACAGCAACGACCAGUAUGGCGCGUCCAGCAUCCCCAUCUACCAGUCCGCCACCUUCAAGCAGACCAGUGCCACUGGCGGUGGGGAGUACGACUACACCAGGUCCGGCAACCCGACUCGCACUCACCUUGAGCGCCACCUGGCCAAGAUCAUGAAUGCCACGAGGGCUUUGGCUGUCGGCUCCGGCAUGGGUGCCUUGGAUGUUAUCUCCCGCUUGUUGCGCCCCGGCGAUGAGGUGAUCACCGGCGAUGACUUGUACGGAGGCACCAACCGCCUUCUCACGUACUUGGCUUCUAACCAGGGUAUUGUCGUUCACCAUGUCGACACUACCAAUGUGGAGAACAUUCGUCCUGUCAUCUCUGAAAAAACGGCCAUGGUCCUGCUGGAGACGCCGACGAACCCUCUCAUCAAGGUCGUUGACAUCCCCUCCAUUGCUAAGCUUGUUCACGAGGCCAACGACAAGGCUUUGGUUGUCGUGGACAACACCAUGCUCUCGCCCAUGCUCCUGAACCCACUGGACAUUGGUGCAGACAUCGUCUACGAGUCCGGAACAAAGUACUUGUCCGGACACCACGACAUCAUGGCUGGCGUAAUUGGUGUAAACGAUACCGAGAUUGGCAACAAGCUGUACUUCACCAUCAACUCCACUGGAUGUGGUCUGUCGCCCAAUGACUCUUUCUUGCUUAUGAGAGGCAUCAAGACACUCGCCAUCCGCAUGGAGAAGCAGCAGGCCAACGCUCAGCGGAUUGCCGAGUUCCUCGAGUCUCAUGGUUUCAAGGUUCGAUACCCGGGACUCAAGUCGCACCCCCAGUACGACCUGCACUGGUCUAUGGCACGAGGUGCGGGUGCCGUUUUGUCGUUCGAGACCGGCGACGCGGCACUUUCGGAAAGAAUUGUCGAAGCCGCUAAGCUGUAUAGUAUCAGCGUCAGCUUCGGCUGUGUCAACAGUCUGAUUAGCAUGCCCUGCCAGAUGAGCCACGCCAGCAUCGACGCCAAGACCCGGAAGGAGAGGCAGAUGCCGGAAGACCUCAUCCGCUUGUGCGUGGGCAUUGAGGACGCUACGGACUUGAUUGAAGACCUCUCGCGAGCUCUUGUUCAGGCCGGCGCGGUCAAUGUGACCCUGGACGGAUUCCACGCGACCGAGGCUGUCCAGCAGGCUUGA